UCUGCUGCCGCCAGCUCCCAUCCCCGGGGCCGUGCCGACCUCGGCGCGCUACUUCCCGCCGCUGAGAAGCCCCUCCACAAAGGAGGGAGGCAGCGGGAGGCGGGGGACACACGCACGCCCGGCCGCUCCGUCCGGAUGCGGUGAGCCCCCCGCCUCGCCUCCGGGGCCGCGUCAGCGCGGGAGGGAAGAAGAGGAGCAGCGGCGGCGGCUCUCCGGCUGCCACCAUGGGCUGCUGCACGGGGCGCUGCACGCUGAUCUUCCUCUGCUCGCUGCAGCUGCUGGCAGCAUUAGAGAGGCAGAUCUUUGACUUCCUUGGUUUCCAAUGGGCUCCUAUCCUUGGCAAUUUCCUACAAAUAAUAGUUGUCAUUUUGGGUUUGUUUGGAACCAUCCAAUUUAGGCCUCGUUAUAUAGUUGUGUACACGGUGUGGACUGCCCUGUGGGUCACCUGGAAUGUUUUCAUUAUCUGCUUCUAUUUGGAAGUAGGCGGACUUUCCAAGGAAACGGAUCUCAUGACCUUUAACAUCUCAAUGCACCGCUCUUGGUGGCGGGAACAUGGACCCGGCUGUAUACGAAGGGUGGUUCGUCCUUCUGCCCCUGGUGUCCUAGAGGAUUACUCCUACGUCUCCGUGACAGGCUGCAUCAUUGAUUUCCAGUACCUAGAGGUCAUUCACAGUGCUAUCCAAAUACUCCUCUCUCUGAUUGGAUUUGUGUAUGCCUGUUACGUGAUCAGUAUUUUCAUGGAGGAGGAGGACAGCUUUGAUUUCAUAGGCGGACUUGACACAUACUCCUACCGACAGCCCCCCCAGGAACAUGUUGAGUUAAAGCCUGUAAAGCCUAUAGGUCGAAGUAAGUAAUGAACAUGGACUCAAGACUUCUGCUGCUGUAGCUGAAGAAACAGAUUUUAGAAGACAAGACUUGUGACUCAUCGUUCUGGAAGAAACCCACCAUCCGUUCCUCACGGCAUGUGGAACGUUCUUCCCACAGGCUCAGUGUCAUUAUCUGCGUUGUUAUUUCGUAGAUCUUUGUAGAUGAUCUUGAAUUUCUGAUUACUUAUAAGGACACUUGUAAAUUGUAAAUUUUUUUCUUUUUUAAUUUCAAUAUUUUUACAACGUUUAGUGUUGAGGCAUGAAAACAAAACAACCUGUGAAAACUAGAAGGGUGUGUCUUUCUAAACAAUGUCAGUAUUUUUUGACUGAUAGGAUCAUACUGUGCCUGGUCAAGAUUGUGUAAAUUAACAGUAGUUUUGACUCCAAAAUAUGCAGCAGGAGUCAAAUCCUAACAGUGUGCAAGAGAUCAUUUCAAUGCUAUAUUUAGAAUUCACAAUGUCCACUCCUUGCAUUGUUUGAACUGCUGAAUGCGGUAGGAAUUGAUCUAUGACUCUUCUUACCCAGAUGUUCAAGCACUAACAUACUCACCUAAUUAUAGCAAUUCAGAUAUGAUUCCUUUUCCUUUCAUAGUCUCUUUUGCCCUGAAUCCACCACCAGAAGCUAUCUCUGAUUUGAAGAGAAGUAGGACGACUGCUCUAUGGGUGUCAGUCUCUAGGAACCUUUACAUCCAGGGCUGUUUAGAUGUCUGUGAUUUGCACAUUUUUAAACUCCUUUCCUCCCUUCUCCCAGGAAGAAGCCAAGCAUGAAUGUACAGUACAAGGUACCAACUGAAGCCUUAGAAGCCUCUGGGGACUAAUUUUCCUCUUAAUUUAAAAGUAAACAAGCAAAACUGAAAA